UCAUCAGAGGACUGCAGCUGUCAGGAAGCGCUGUGCCAACUCCAGAGGCGGUUCAAGGUCCGAGCAGGAGCUGCCACCCGCCUCAGGCUGCCCCGUCUCCGGAUAAGAAGAAUAGACUCUCUCCUGGCUGCCUCUCAGUCAUUCAGUCAGUCAGUCAGUCAGUCAGUCCCGUCCUGGGGUGAGGAGGAAGUCAGUCUCAACAAACCCUCGGAGGAGCCUUGAACCUUUGUGUGCGGUCACAGUCACAGUGAGAGAGGAGCGCAGAUCUGCUGCUGCACACGAUGAUCCCCCGGAUUGCUCUGAGCUCCCAGCCUCUGCGGAACUGCUUGUUCUCCAGAUCUGUUCAGGUUCUGCAGAGACCGUGGACCCGUCAGCCCGGACUGCCUGCAGCCAGCCGAGGGAUCCACGUGGACUCUCCUCCCAGCGUCCCCACUCUGACCACCAGCUAUGCCCACGGCACCUCCUCCACCUCCCUGCUGCACUCCACCAUCGGGGAGACGCUGCUGCAGACGACGGAGCGCUGGCCGGACCGCGAGGCCGCCGUCUUCCUGGAGGACGGCAUCCGCAAGACCUUCGCAGAGUUUCAUCAGGAUGUGGAGCGAGCUGCUGCCGGGCUGCUGGCCAUCGGCCUGCAGAAGGGGGACCGUCUGGGCAUGUGGGGACCCAACACGUAUGAAUGGCUGCUGAUGCAGUUCGCCACCGCCAAAGCUGGAAUCAUACUGGUGUCUGUGAACCCGGCGUACCAGCUGAAGGAGGUGGAGUACGCUCUGCUAAAGGUGGGGUGUAAAGCCAUCGUCUGUCCUCAUCAGUUUAAGACUCAGAAGUACUGUGACAUGCUAAGACAGAUCUGUCCCGAGAUCGACUCGUCCACACCAGGAGACAUCAGGAGCGCCAGACUCCCAGACCUGCGCUCCGUGAUUGUUCUGGACAGUCGGCAGCCAGGAAUGUUCCACUUUGAGGACGUGAUGCAGGCGGGCAGCAGCAGCUUCAUGCAGCAGCUCCACGACCUGCAGAAGAAGUUAUCCUUCGACGACCCCAUCAACAUCCAGUUCACCUCGGGAACGACCGGAGCUCCUAAAGGAGCCACGCUUUCUCAUCACAACAUGGUCAACAACGCUUACUUUGUGGGACGGAGAGUGGGAUACCCCUGGAGGCCUCACACUCGUGUCUGCCUCCCGGUGCCUAUGUACCACUGCUUCGGCUCGGUGGGUGGCGGCCUGUGCAUGUCGGUGCACGGCGUCUCGCUGGUGUUUCCUUCGCGGGGAUACGACGGUCGGGCCAACUUGGCCGCUCUGGAGAGUGAAAGGUGCACCUUCAUCUACGGCACGCCCACCAUGUAUGUGGACAUGGUACACCAGCAGGAGGCGGCAAAGUUCGACCUUUCAUCAGUUCACACGGGCAUCUGUGCUGGCUCCCCUUGUCCUCCAGAACUUGUGAAGAAAGUCAUUUCUGUGAUGGGCGUCAAAGAAUUAACAAUCGGGUACGGCACCACGGAGAACAGCCCCGUGACGUUCUGCGGCUUCCCCACAGACAACCUGGAAAGGAAGGCUGAGACCGUGGGCUACAUCCUGGACCACUUAGAGGCUAAGAUCGUGGAUCCCUCCACAGGGAUGGUGGUUCCUCUGGGGGAGCUCGGGGAGAUCAUGAUCCGAGGAUACUGCGUGAUGCUGGAGUACUGGAAGGAGGAGGCCAAAACCAAGGAGUGCAUCACUAACGACGGCUGGUACAAGACCGGAGACAUCGGCAGCAUGGACGCCUACAGCUACUGCAAGAUCGAAGGUCGGAUCAAAGACAUGAUCAUCAGAGGAGGAGAGAACAUUUACCCUGCAGAGAUCGAACAGUUCCUGCACACACACCCCAAAGUCAUGGAGGCUCAGGUGGUGGGAGUGCAGGAUGCCCGUAUGGGAGAGGAGGUGUGUGCCUGCAUCAAGGUGGUGGCAGGAGAGAAACUCACAGUAGAGGAGAUCACAGAGUACUGCCAAGGACAGAUCUCUCACUUCAAGAUCCCUCGAUACGUACUGACCAUGAACAGCUUCCCGCUCACCGUCACCGGAAAGAUCCAGAAGAUCAAACUCCGGGAGCAGGUGGAGGAGCAGCUCGGACUGAAGAAGAAAUGAGACGUCAGCUCACAUAUGAAGAAUUCAUCGUGUUUCAUAAACACACAGACAUCAGAAACAUCUGGAGGAACAUCUGCCGGCUGCUGAAACCAACUGUGAAAGUGACAAAUACAGUCAGACAGCAAAGACCAAAACCAACAAUUAAUUGAAACAUUUUCUGGGUGAUUACUUUUCUUCAUUGCUUAGAACCAAAUGCACUACUUACUCCAACAAAAACAUUGUUGUGUUUACUUCAAACUACAGUGACCUCAUUAUUUUUGCAUUUCUGACCUCUUUUUUAAUCUUUUUAAGAUCUGUACCUUCACUAUGAACUCAUGGGUCUGGGGUUAAGGGCCACACAGGGUAGAGAGGUUUAUUUACAGAUGUUUUUGUUGGUUUUGGUCUUUCUUUAAGAAAAAUAUAAAAUAACAGCAGCAUUGUCCUGUAACAUCCUGUUUAAUAGAAAUGUGUACAUACAGUGAACUCACUGCUCAACCACUCUGUCAUUUCUUUUAUCCUGCAAAAAAAGCUAUUAAAAUAUUUUUUACAUCAAGUUGAAAUAAACUUUGCACCACAUU